AUGGAUCCAGAGGCAACGACAAACCAAUGGCGCUUUGCCCAGUGUUUCGGAGACAAGGGCGAAGUUGAGGACAUCACAGAGGCCGAUAUCAUCUCCACCGUCGAGUUUGACCACACUGGCGACUACCUCGCGACCGGAGACAAGGGUGGCCGUGUCGUUUUGUUCGAGCGCAACGAACAGAAGAAGGGAUGCGAGUACAAAUUUUAUACAGAGUUCCAGUCACACGAGCCCGAGUUUGACUACCUCAAGUCACUUGAGAUUGAGGAGAAGAUCAACCGCAUCCGGUGGUGCAAGCGCCAGAAUGCUGCGCAUUUUCUCCUGAGCACGAACGACAAGACAAUCAAGCUCUGGAAAGUGUUCGACAAGCAGAUCAAGGUCGUUGCGGAGAACAACCACAGCCAGGACAUUACUGGCGGUGGGCCCGUGGGCGCUGUACAGCCUCAGCUGCGACUCCCGCGGAUGACGACGCACGACUCGAUCACUGCUGCUGUCCCCCGCAAAGUGUAUGCCAACGCCCAUGCCUACCACAUCAAUUCAAUCUCCGUAAAUUCGGACGGCGAGACGUACAUAUCUGCCGAUGACCUGCGGAUCAACUUGUGGAACCUCAACAUCAGUGACCAGAGCUUCAACAUUGUCGACAUCAAGCCGGUCAAUAUGGAGGAGCUCACCGAAGUCAUCACCGCUGCCGAGUUCCACCCCAUCCACUGCAACCUCUUCAUGUACUCGAGCUCCAAGGGAACCAUUAAACUCGCAGACAUGCGGGAAUCGGCUCUGUGCGACCAGCACGCGAAGCUCUUCGAGGAGGAGGAGGACCCGUCGCAAAAGUCGUUCUUCUCCGAGAUUAUCUCGUCCAUCUCGGACGUCAAGUUCUCACGCGACGGGCGCUACAUUCUGUCCCGAGAUUACUUGACGCUCAAGAUCUGGGACUUGAACAUGGAGAACAAGCCCGUCAAGACGAUCAACAUCCACGAUCACUUGCGCCAGAAGCUGUGCGACCUGUACGAGAACGACUGCAUCUUCGACAAAUUCGAGUGCACCUUCAGUGGAGACGGCAGCCAAGUCAUGACUGGCUCGUACCAUAACUACUUCCGGAUCUACGACGUCAACAGCGACAACGAUGUGGUCCUGCAGGCCGACAAGUCGGCUUUCAAGGCCAAGAAGAUCGGUGGGGCACGCGGCAAAGUGCCAGGCAAGAAGGAGGGCAUGCAGACCGAGGGCAUCGACUUUGCCAAGAAGAUUUUGCACGGCAGCUGGCACCCUAGGGAGAACACCAUUGCAAUCGCCGCGACAAACAACCUGUACGCGCAUCCGUCCCCACCCGUCACUGACCACCAGCCACCUUCGUACUUUGACAAGCGGUCGCGCACACUGCCCUCGCACGACUCGUCUCCUGCGUGGUCGUCAACCUCGACGCCCCCGAGUGACCAUCUCCAACCGCUGCGACCACUACCGUCAACGCACAGCGCGUCGGAACUCGACGAUGCCAGCCGGUCCUCUAUCAUCAAGGCACAUCCGCGCAUAGUAUCGGCUCCCCUGUCCAGUUCCACACUCUCCAACUCUGGGAGAUUCGAUGAGUCCUCGUCCUCCACUUUCAAGAGCCGCGAUGACCCCGGAGCGGAGCGCACUCGCAACACAUUUGUCACUCCGGGCCUGACUCAGAGAACGUUAGGCACUAUCUCGUCUGCACGCCGGACGAACAAGCCAGUAUCGAAUCUAUCGCGCUUCGGCGGCCCAGCUCGGCGCAUCGCGCGCGCCGAUCACGAGGGUGCCGAGCCGGAAGCACCUGAGGGGUCCCCAGUGUCAACAGACGCGUCCAUGGACUCGGCUCUAACGCGGCACGAGUCUGUUGAGCAUCUGGACCAUGAGGUGGAAGAAGAGACCUUCCGCCCGCAUCGCGAGUCACCGCCACCAGCACGCUAUCGGUCCCCACCUCCCAGACGGGAAGAGGUAAACAGCGAGGGAUACGACCGCCUCGGCAUCCUAGGCCGAGGCGGCUCGUCCAAGGUCUACUCUGUGCUCGGCCACACGAAGCGCGUGGUGUACGCGUUGAAGCGCGUAGGCCUAGAACGUGCAGAUGCCGAGACGUACCAGAGCUACACCAACGAGAUUGAGCUGCUCCGGCGCCUCCGCGGCCACGACCGCAUCAUCCAGCUCAUCGACCAUCAGAUCACUUUCAACUCAAGCGGUCGGCCCAAGUUGCUCAUGAUGGUCAUGGAAUGCGGCGAGAUUGACUUUGCAGCUCUGCUUGACGAGCAGAGAUACAAGCCGCUCAACAUGAGCUUUGUCGGGCUAUACUGGCAACAGAUGUUAGAGGCCGUACAGGCGGUACACGCUGAGAACGUUGUUCAUACGGAUCUCAAGCCGGCCAACUUUGUGCUCGUCAAGGGCCGCUUGAAAAUCAUCGAUUUUGGUAUCGCAAAGGCCAUCGCCAAUGACACUGUCAACAUCCAGCGAGAUCAGCAAAUCGGAACUGUAAACUACAUGUCCCCAGAAGCCAUUCAACGCAUGAAUAAUCAGAAGGUCCUCAAGCUGUCGUACCCCAGUGACGUGUGGUCGCUCGGGUGUAUUCUCUACCAGAUGGUCUACGGCAACCCACCAUUCCACGCAAUACCGGGGGGUCCAUUGUCCAAGAUGAACAAGAUCGCCGACCCAACCCACCGGAUCGACUACCCGCUCACAGCCGUUUUCAGUCCGCCGGGCAUGUCUGACUCCCCACCCACACAGACAGCUGUCACCAUCCCAAGCGAGGCUAUCGCAACAAUGCGAGGAUGUCUUGACUACCAUAAGGUCAGACGACUCACGAUCCCACAGCUGCUCGACCACGAGUUCCUCUCUCCGUCGGGACCACGAAACAGCGCUCCACCACAAGAUUCAACUUGGAUUACGAAGGAGCAGAUGGCGAUUAUGGUCAGCUUUGUCCAAAAGUCACGAGAUCAGCGUUCGACACCACAGCAAGUCGCGGACGACCUCUUUGACCAGCUUGCAGCACAGAAUUCUCUUGCAACAUCAUCUUAG